UGGAUCGGGGGUGCGGGUGGUGGCCUGCAUGGCCUACUUAAGAGGCGGAAUGGCCGUCUGUCCAACCCUUGUUCCCCGCAGGAACUCGUUGUCCUCCAUCUUGACCUAGGCCCUGGGAUCGUUUGCUCGUUUCCCAGCCCUUCCCUGCCCUUCCCUGCCCUGCGCUGCAACUGCCCUUUGCAGCUCCCCAGCAGAGGAAAGAGAAGGCAUCGAAUCCCACCGUCAAAAUGGGCGUCUCCGACAAGAAGAAAGAGAGUGAGCAUGCUGCGGGCGCCGAGUUCGCGGCCGUGCUCCCCAGGGAUGGGAAGUCGUGGUAUCAGACGGCGCAUAUCAUCAAGCUCAACCUCCUGCUGAUGAUUCCGUUGCUUUCCUCCGCCACUGUUGGAUAUGAUGGCUCCAUGAUGAACGGCCUCCAGAUCCUCACCUGGUUCAAGCGCGACUUCAACAACCCGGCGGGCGCCGUCCUCGGCCUCAUUAACGCCGUCUACCCCCUCGGCAAGGUCAUCGCCCUGUUCGCCGUCACGCCCGUCGCGGACCGGUACGGACGCAAGAUCCCCAUGGCCAUCGGGCUCGUGGGCUGCAUCGUCUUCGCCAUCCUGCAGGGCCUGUCGCCCAACCUGGCGUCCUUUGUCGUCGCGCGCGCCUUCCUGGGCUUCUUCACGUCCUUCAUCUCCCAGCCCAGCCCCGUGCUGAUCGCCGAGCUGGCCUACCCGACGCAGCGCGGCAAGCUGACGUCGCUCUACAACACCUUCUUCUACUUUGGCGCCAUCUUCGCCGCCUGGCUGACCUUUGGCACCUUCAAGAUCGACUCGACCUGGAGCUGGAGGAUCCCGUCCAUCGUCCAGGGCGCCAUCCCCGUCCUCCAGCUGGCCACGCUCUGGUUCGUGCCCGAGUCGCCGCGCUACCUCGUGUCCCGCGGCCGCUCCGACGAGGCCCGCCGGGACCUGAUCCGGUACCACGCCGGCGGCGACGUCGACUCGCCCCUGGUGGCCUUUGAGAUGAGCGAGAUCGAGCGCGCCAUCGCGGCCGAGAACGAGUCGUACUCGGCCAACUCGUGGCUCGACCUGGUGCGCGGCGCCGCGAACCGCAAGCGCACGCUCAUCGCCGUCAUCGUCGGCUUCUUCAGCCAGUGGAACGGCGUCGGGGUCGUGUCCUACUACCUGACCCUGGUGCUCAACACCAUCGGCAUCCGGGACCCCAAGGACCAGACGCUCAUCAACGGCAUGCUCCAGAUCUUCAACUGGCUCAUGGCCACCUUCGCCGGCGCCAUGAUGGUGGACCGCCUCGGCCGCCGCACCCUCUUCCUCAUCUCGACGGCCGGCAUGCUCGUCAGCUACAUCUGCUGGACAGGGCUGACCUCGGGCUUCGUGGCGACCGAGGACGCGCGCAUGGGCCGCGCCGUGCUCGCCUUCAUCUUCAUCUUCUACUUCUUCUACGACAUCGCCUGGACCCCGCUGCUGCAGGCCUACCCCGUCGAGAUCUACCCCUACACGCUCCGCAGCCGCGGCCUCUCCCUCACCCUCAUCACGUCCUUCACCGGCCUCAUCGUCGGCAACCAGGUCAACCCCAUCGCCAUGGGCGCCAUCCAGUGGAAGUACUACAUCGUCUUUUGCUGCCUGCUGCUCGUGCUGCUGCUGCUCGUCUACUUCCUCUUCCCCGAGACCAAGGGCCGCACGCUCGAGGAGAUCCGCGAGGUCUUCGAGGGCCCCGCGACCCCGACCGCCAUGAGCCUCAAGGCCGAGGAGGCCGCCGGCGGACCGGCCUACGGGGACGGCCAGGAGAAGCCGAUGCAGUCAAAGCAUGUCGAGUCUGCAAAGUGAUGCCGUGCGCUGUGUUGCGGUCUGUAUAAUGGGAGAGAAAGGAAGAAAAAAAAAGAAGAAGAAAAGCUUUACGAGGAUCCUGGCGGUGCGGAGGAACACAUCCAUGAUUAUCGACACAAAAAAAACGCAGGCUUCCCAUGAAUCUGGGCUCUGGGGCGCAGUGGGUCAGCUCGGGGAGGCCAGACCCUUGCCCCCUGGUACCUGGUAGAAUAUCUCCCGGUGACAGCCGCAAGCCCCAAGCCUCGGGCCAAUAAAUUACCUAAUGCAUCAUCUUUACCACUUCCCCGGGAUAAUUCCGCCAUCCGUGCGUGCGGGUAGUCUUUUUAUGGGAUACUAUCCUGGAUAUGACCAGACCCGGUUGACACGAGCACAAGAGUAGCAGACCCCUACCUCCUGGGUCCAUCUGCUACCUACCACAAAUGACCAACAGUCAACUUCCUGAGCCUC